UCUCUAUACCUAAUAAAAGAACAAGGUUCUGCCACUUGGCACCCCCACAUUCAACCAAUACACAUGUCAAAAUUCUAGCCAGUCCACAUCAUCCUAUCCUAGGUGUAAUUUUGUGAGAUUUUUCAAUUUUUGUGUAUUAUUAAUUCUUUCAAAUAUGCUGAAAUGUUUGGGCGGCCAGAUUAUGUGGAUUCAAUUUUUGAAUUUGAAUUCCAUUUACUCAUCCCAAGAAACUCAUUACCCUGUCCUCUCACUAUCAACUUUUGGAUUCAUUAUUUCCCUGCACCUUAUUUCCUUUUUCCUUUCAGCCAAGAAACCCUAAAUUUGUUUUUAUUCGUUUACAUAUUCAAGUUCAACAACGCAUCACCAUUCCAUCUCUCCUUCUUUCCAGUAUUCUCCUCUCAUUUCCUUUCCGAGUCAAGUUUGUUUUGUUUAUCAGCGAUGGUGUUUUAUCGGAGCGUUUCGCUUCUUUCGAAGCUAAGAAAUCGUGUUCGGAAGACGGUGGACCAGUGGGCUUCUUCAAGAUUGGCUCAUACAAUGGAGAUAGUAUGAUUUUGGUCCUGGCACUGCUGGUACUGCUAAUGUGUAUUACAAGUUACAAACAAAUCAUGACACUGUCAAUGAAGGUGAGGCCCAAGUGAUUACACUUCAGUUGUGGAUUUAUUCAACAUAUAAUAAGUUUGAGAAGUGUAUUGAACAAAUACAAUUUUAAGUUUAUAUUAUUAAUAUUGAAUUUAUUUUCA